AUGACCUAUGUCAGCCGCGCCCGAAAGGCAAGGCAGCCCUUUCUGCGGCGGAUCCCCGCCGCCUGCCAAUGGCAGCUGCCAGUCUGCAGUAGCGGCCGCAACCUCCCGCAAAGCGGAUAUUGCAGCUCGCGCUUCCCCGCCCCACGCACUCCUCGCGUCCACGCCGCCCUCGCCUGCCCGCAGCCCGGGCCUCACGGCCCUCACACCCAGCCCAGCGCGCCGCCGCAGCAUCUCUCAACCCGCUCGGCGGCCCCACCCACCGCGGACCCGCCCUGCCCCAGACGCCAAUGGCCGCCGCCGCGGCUCCCGAGGGGCCCGUCGAUUGGGCAGCCUGGGCUGCCACUCUCGGGCCGCGCCCCGCCCCCCACUCCGGCGGGGCUGGAGCGGCGGAGCUUCUGCGCGAGGAGCUGUGAGCUGCCGCGGCGCGGCGGCGCGUCGUCGCAGUUGCGCCUUGUAUCAGGAGCCGAGCCGGCAGGGAGGGGGCUGCCGCGCGAGAGGAGGAGGGGUCGCCCGAGCCGGGCCCGCCGAGAGCCGUCCGCGAAGGCCGAGGCCGGGCCGCCCUCGCAGCCGCGCAUCCUCGCGUCCCGGAGCGCCCGCGCCCCGCAGCCGCGCCGCACCGCCCGGCGGCCGCCGUCCGCGCCAGCUAGGGCUCCGGCCGCCGGGCCGGGACCCCGGUGCCGCCCCCCGCGCCUCGGAAGGCCCCCGGCGCCCGCGCCCGAGGAGGGCGGCGGGCCCCGUGAAUGCGCUCCGGAGCCUGAGCGCGCGCAGCCCCGGACGCCCCCCGCCCCGGCGCCUCCUGCGCUCGCGGAGCCUCCCUCUUCCCGCGCCACCCCCGGCCCGGGUCCCGAGCCGCCCGCCGCCGCGGUGCCCGCUCGCCGGGGUCCCCUCCGCGCCCCGCUCGCAGGCUGCUUUUGUCUGGCCUCCGCCCCGCUCCCCUGCGGCCGGAACGCGCCCGCGAGCUCGGCCGGGCGGAGGUUCGCUGGGGCCCAGGAGAAGGAUGGUAAAAUCGCCCUCCUCGCUCCUCCUCCCCGAAAAUCCCACAGCCCCGCGGGCGUGUGCGUGUGA